CCAAUCAAAACAGCUGAAGUUCUCAACCGCUGAAAUUUAAAAACGCCCUCUAGCUUGGCAGCGUAUUUGGAAAGAUUUGUGGCUAAGUCGGGUUACAGGACUGAGUUACAAUGGACCUGUUUAACGAAGAUGAUAUCAAAAUGUAUCUUUUUGAAAACAGAUUGAAAACUUUUGAAAAUUGGCCUUUUGACGAAGACUGCACCUGCACCCCGGAGAACAUGGCCAGAGCCGGCUUUGUCCACACGCCCUCCGACAACAGCCCCGACAUCGCCAUGUGUUUCUUCUGCCUCAAAGAGCUGGAGGGCUGGGAGCCAGACGACGACCCACAGAAGGAGCACAAAUCUCACUCGUCUUCCUGCAGUUUCAUCUCUUUAACCAAAAAAGUUGAGGACCUGACUGUGGAAGAGUUCGUCAGACUGCAGAAGGAGAGAGACAAAAUCAUCACCAGGAAGAGAUGUAAUGAAGCCAUCACCAAGUUUGAGGAGGCGGCAAAAGUGAGGCGAGAGGCGAUCAUCAAGACGGCCAGAGGAGAAGAGUGAGCCUGAGGAGGAAUGAGGAGACAAAUGAGUCUGUCGUGUUUGUUUAUGAAUGAAUGAUUUUUAGGAAUAAAAUGUUUUUAACGUU